AUGACGGCAAUUGGUGUUCCGAUCAAAAUUUUGCAUGAGGCAGAGGGUCACACUGUCACACUGGAGACAACUAUCGGCGAAGCCGAAGAUAAUAUGAACUGCCAGAUGAGCGAUGUGACAGUGACAUUUCGCGAUGGGCGAACUCACCAUUUGGAUAAUGUGUUUAUUCGGGGAUCGAAAGUCCGCUUCAUGAUUCUACCGGACAUGCUGAAGAAUGCACCAAUGUUCAAAAACAUUGGUCGGGCGCAAAAAGGAGCUGUUGGUAUGGGGAUGGGCGACAAUCGCGAUGGACGUGGUCUUCGAGGGCGAGGAACGGCUUUUCGAGGGCGUGCAAAUGCUCCACGUGGUAGUCAGCGUGGCCCGGGCGGAGUCCCGCGCCCACAGUUCAGAGGAUGA